AAACUUACUAUAAGCUUCAGGUUGUCCGAUACGAGCACGCUCGGCCUGGCCUGUCAAAACGAACAUACUCGGCGAGUUUUCGUCCACAUCUCGCGAUGGUUGCGAAGCAGUGGCGUUGUUUGGGCGAGCCGACGACGAGACCGUAUCUGUCUGGAAAUUUGUCUCGUGGGUUAGACUCAAACAUAUUCCGCGCAUUUAGACACUAUUUGUAUGUCCGAUAGGCUAGUCGUUUCACGUUUUAACACCCGUCGGAGUUAGUUUCCUGAUUCGCUCUGGAGAAUGGCUGCUGCUGAGGUAAACGGUAGUUCUGCCCCGGCAAAGGAGGAGGAAGAGCCUAUGGAUGUGACCACAACACACACAGAGAACUACCAGACCCUCCUUGAUGCUGGGCUGCCCCAGAAAGUAGCUGAAAGUCUAGAUAAUAUCUUCCAGACAGGCCUAGUGGCAUACGUUGACCUGGAUGAAAGGGCUAUCGAUGCACUGCGGGAAUUCAAUGAGGAGGGAGCGCUUACUGUGCUGCAGCAGUUCAAAGAGAGCGACCUGUCCCACGUACAGAAUAAAAGUGCUUUCCUUUGUGGAGUUAUGAAGACCUACAGGCAGAGAGAAAAACAAGGAAGUAAGGUACAAGAGUCCACCAAGGGCCCAGAUGAGGCAAAAAUAAAGGCCCUGUUGGAGCGCACAGGAUACACCCUGGAUGUCACUACAGGCCAGAGAAAAUAUGGGGGUCCUCCACCUGAGGAUGUGUUCAAAGGCACUCAUCCAGGCAGUGGAACUGAGGUUUUUGUUGGAAAAAUCCCCAGGGAUUUGUAUGAAGAUGAGCUGGUGCCGCUCUUUGAGUCUGCUGGUCCCAUCUGGGACCUCAGGUUAAUGAUGGACCCUUUAUCUGGUCAGAACAGAGGUUAUGCCUUCAUCACAUACUGCAAUAAGGAUGAUGCACAGAAGGCUGUGAAGCUUUGUGAUAACCAUGAAAUCCGCCCUGGCAAGUACUUGGGAGUUUGUAUAUCUGUUGCAAACAAUCGCCUGUUUGUCGGAUCGAUUCCAAAGAACAAAACAAGAGAAAGUAUAUUGGAAGACUUUGGCAAAGUGACAGAGGGUCUCCAAGAGGUGAUAUUGUAUCAUCAGCCGGAUGACAAGAAAAAGAACCGUGGUUUCUGUUUCCUCGAGUAUGAGGACCACAAGUCCGCGGCACAGGCUCGCCGUCGCCUGAUGAGCGGCAAGGUCAAAGUGUGGGGGAACCCGGUCACUGUGGAGUGGGCUGACCCUGUAGCUGAACCAGACCCAGAGGUCAUGGCUAAGGUAAAGGUGCUCUUUGUGAGGAAGCUGGCAACAGCAGUGACUGAGGAGCUUCUUGAAAAGACCUUUUCCCAGUUUGGAAAGCUGGAACGAGUGAAGAAAUUGAAAGACUACGCUUUUGUCCAUUUUGAAGAGAGGGAUGCUGCCGUAAAGGCAAUGGAGGAGAUGAAUGGGAAGGAACUGGGAGGAGAAGAAAUUGAGAUUGUCUUGGCAAAGCCCCCAGACAAGAAGAGGAAAGAGCGCCAAGCAGCUCGGCAGACUACCAGAAAUGCGGGGUAUGAUGACUACUACUACUAUCCACCUCCACGCAUGCCUCCGCCGGGCCGAGGCAGGGGCCGUGGUGGCCGAGGGGGCUAUGCCUAUCCACCUGAUUACUAUGGCUAUGAUGACUACUACGAUGACUACUAUGGCUACGACUAUCAUGACUACCGUGGUGGCUAUGAAGACCCUUACUACGGCUACGAAGACGUGUACACCAUGAGGGGCCGUGGUACUCGUCCCAGCAGGGGAGGUCCACCUCCUCCCAGGGCUCGUGGAGCUCCACCGACACGAGGCCGGGGUGGCUACGCCCAAAGAGGGCCACCCCUCGGUGGUCCGAGGGGUGGCCGAGGAGGGCGAGGUGCCCCUUUCCAGCCUCAGAGGGGCCGCGGUCCUCGCGGGGCCAGGGGCAAUCGCGGCGGCAACGUCGGCGGAAAGAGGAAGGCAGACGUGUUUAACCAGCCUGACUCCAAGCGCCGCCAGACCAACAACCAACAGAACUGGGGGUCCCAGCCCAUCGCCCAGCAGCCCCUGCAGCAAGGGGCCGACUAUUCUGGUGGAGAAGCAUUGAGAGCGGCACCGCUAGAAUGAGGAACUCACCUGAACGGUACUCAAGGGUCAAUGGGAGUCGUGCACAAAUUUAGACUGAUUAAACAGCCAGAAGGGCAGCCAGCCAAGGAAUUUGGUAAGCAUUUGUAAACCUAAAACUAUGCAAAACACCUGCUGCCUGUCUCAGCUUACUGCACCAAAAUCGUCUGUUGUCUCCACGCGUUCUUUAAUUUGGCCGGUGGGUGGACACUUUUCCCCUUCUGUGCCACUAGAGGUAGCAGCUCUGCACCAGCACUACCAGUGGUGCAUUGUUUCCUUUGCCGAUGCUGCACUUAUUGGCUAUUUUCAGAGCUGAAUAGGUGUUAAUUAGGGGGUCCAUAUUUACUAGAGAAGUUACUUUUCAUAUUUAUUCAAUCCGAUUUUGAGCUGCUAACUUAAACAUCUGUGAAACUGGCCUGUGUUUAAACAAAGGCUGCACCUCUAAACUGAUGUCUUUACCCUUUACCGCCACAAGAUGGCAGUAGAAGGGCUACAUUAUUUGUGUUUCACAGGUAAGCCGGGGAUGUAGAGCUAGUUACUGACACACACACAUUUUGAUUAAAGUGCCUGCAAAUGCUGGAGUUUCCAUAACAGCCUCUCAUGUCAGAACUGUAUCUUUAUAUGUUGCCUCUUGUCACCAGGCAGUAAAGGAGCUGCCCCCAUCCAUGUGAAUGGGUUCACAGAAAUGGAAAGGACUGAUUGGGACUGCUAUCCCUGAUGAUAAACCACAUACCACAAGAUGAGGAAGGUGCAGAGGUCCAGAACCCAGGGGGGCACAUCAGCAACGUUAGGCUCAACAGAAGUCAGAGAAAUCGAAGAAAAAGAUGGACACGUGACCCACAGCUCCAUCAGAGGCCUUUGGCUCCGCCUAGUAGGCUGCCACUGCUCAUUCAUCCAGCUCAAAGAUUUACUGCUGGAAGAGGGAACGAUCUAUGUAUCGGACUGUUUGAUACAUGUUAUUGCACAAAUAAAUUUGCAGCUUUG